UUGGGAUCAUGGGAAGCGGUAUCUAAAACUGUUGGCUCUCCUAUACAAGAGUUCUUGCAGUCACGACUUGAACCUGUGUGUGAGAAAUUCGAUGUAUUGAACAUCGAGUAUGAGCUUUUGCAUGAUCAUUCGCUCUGGCCCAACCGCAAACCGAAGAUCCUCAUGCAAACCUGUGGACACGUUGCAGGAGCAGCGUAUUAUUAUCAGCCAUUUCAAGUGCGUGGCGAAGGCUGGCCCCCACUACCGAUGGCACAGAAUAAGAAAUUCAUUGGUCUCAGUCUUCAUCCAAUAUACGGUGGACACUUCGCUUUUCGUUCCGUGUUCAUUUUCCCAAGGAUACGCUUUUCGAGUUUCUGCGCUCCGGAACCAUUAUCUAUUCUCCAUUCAACUGAGGAAAUUCGUACCGCGCUCGAGAGGUUCAACUACAGCUGGAAGGACUCCGGGUUUCGGUGA